AAAGAUUUUAAAAAAGCAAAAUGCAAUUCAAUCCGAGAAACGUCAUAAUACUGCUGUUUACUGCUGCUACUUUUAAUUUGCCACAAACUCCUGUUACAAAUGAGGAAGUGGAAGUAAAAGAGAAAAUAGAAAACAUGCUGCAAAAAAUGUACGAGGAUAAAUACGAAAUUGAAGAAGAUUCUCUUGAUUUUGAAAAUUCAUUUGAUAUACCUGAAACAGAACCAGUAGCAGAGGAAGAAGAAAAUGAAAACGAAAUAACAUAUGUAAAGGAAAUGAUAUGUGUAAAUGAUGAUAUUCCAAUUGAAUAUAAAAGAAAUGCUGUUGAGUUUUGGAAACCUGUUAAUUCAAUUAAGACAAAACCUCUCGAGUCUGUGAAACAUAGAUUUCGGAAAGUUACAUCCUUACGCCAAUUACGAAGAUGGCAAGAACAAAUGAAUAGAGGUGGAACUAGAUUGCAGAAGCUGAAAGAAAUUGCAUCAUAUACAUUAGAGAAAUUCAAAGAAGGUCUUGAGAAAGGAGUAAUUAUUCACGACACUGAUAUUACUCGAUGGGCCCUGAAAGCGCAACAGGAAAUAAAUGCACCAGGAUUUACAGCAUCAAUUGGAUGGGUAAAAAGAUUUAAAUCAUAG